AUGGAGACGCUGCUGUGGUUCUGCAACUGGAGCACGCUGGGCGUGUGCGCGGCGCUCAAGCUGCCGCAGAUCUCGGCCGUGCUGGGGGCGCGCAGCUCGCGGGGCAUCAGCCUCCCGAGCCUGCUGCUGGAGCUGGCGGGGUUCCUGGUCUUCCUCCGGUACCAGUGUUAUUACGAGUACCCCCUGCUGACAUACCUGGAGUACCCCAUCCUCAUCGCACAAGAUCUCAUCCUCCUGCUGUGUGUCUUCCACUUCAAUGGGGAUGUGAGACGGGCAGUGCCAUACAUCAUCGCCUGUGUGUCUGCUUGGUUCAUCCUCAGUCUGCAGCAGUGGAUCCUAGAUCUGGCCAUGAAUUUAUGCACUUUCAUCAGUGCGGCCAGUAAGUUUGCCCAGCUCCAGUACCUGUGGAAGAGCAGGGACUCAGGAGCUGUGAGCGCUCUGACGUGGAACCUCGCUUCUUAUACCUGUGCAGCAAGAAUAAUGACAACUUUAAUGACCACCAAUGAUCUUACAAUUCUUAUACGUUUCGUGAUCAUGCUGGCCUUAAACAUAUGGGUAACUGCUACAAUACUUCACUACCGGAAGACCGAUAUAAAGUCUGAAUGA